ACUGGUUCAGUAUGCGUCAGAUCUAAGGUAUCGUGUGUGAAGCGGAUACGCAUACAGGAAUGCUGUUCACUUUGGCAUUAUGUGACAUGUUAAUGGACUACGUGUAUGGUACGCGAUAGUGGUAUCAAAAUCCUUUUUAAACUCAUCUGACGAUUUUGGAGGGAGCGUACAUAGUAGACAACCUGGGCAGCCCAUCGCGUCAUCCCAAUUUGGUCUCCUGAGGAACCAGGCCGGUCCACUGCGUCCAGAGUGUAACAUAUAGUGAGCGGCCAGACACUAUAUCCUCGAGAUACAUCGCUGAUUGGUGGAGACUCACCCAUGACAUAAUCAUGGCGUUUCGUCCGAGAGACAAAAACACCGAAGUUCGGGCAUGCUACAAAUACAUCCUGUUUUUGGCAAACUUUCUCUUCUUUAUAUCCGGCGGAGUACUUGCAGGUCUUGGUGCAUGGUUACUUUACGAAAAGAAGAAGGUCAUAGAUGACGUGUUCGAUUUCCUUUUCGACCCAGCGGUGCUGUUCUGUUGUGCUGGGUGCCUUGUCUUCGUCUUGUCGUUCUUUGGAUGCUGUGGAGCCUUGAGGGAGAACCAAUGUUUUAUCAAACUGUAUAAAUGGGUGAUGAUCCUCCUCCUGGUCCUGGAGGUGCUCUUUGGUAUCUUGGUGUUCAUCUUCUUCUACGCGCCGUCAGUGCGGAAGAAUAUGCCCUGGCUCGACCCCUCCGAAUUGUUGAAGAACGGCAUUGGGCGGUACAGGGACGAUCCUGAUCUCAUGAAUGCAAUUGACAACAUGCAGAAAGAGUUGCAAUGCUGUGGUGCUAGUAACGACGACAAUGGUUACCUUGACUGGAACGACAACAUUUAUUUCAACUGCAACUCGACGAGCAAGAGUCCAGAGAACUGCGCAGUUCCAUAUUCAUGUUGCAAGUUGAAGGAUGGGGAACUCAUUAAUGUUUUGUGUGGAGGAGGAACACUUUCUGCAGCUAUGUCGGAUGUUGAAAGAUGGCGAAAGAUCAACACGAAAGGAUGUUUGAAGGCGUUCGGUAAUUGGUUAGAACAGAAUGCACUCUUGAUAGGAGGGGCGUGUUUUGGCGUCAUCAUACCUCAGAUUAUCGGGAUUGUUUUAUCAACUCGCCUCAAUGAUCAGAUAGCUCGCCAAAAGGAAAAGUGGCAUCGACUUCGGUGAUCUAUAAUAUCUAUAAUCAGUAGAAUAAUCAUCACCACGGACUGGCCUUAUACCUUAUUAGGCUCUUGCGUCAAUCUGUAAGAUAAUCAUCACCCAAAGCGAACAAGUCUCCUCCUGUCCUUUAUGGACAAUACCAAGUAUGGUUUGAGUGAAAUGAGCAGGAGUACAUGUUAUUGCUUUAACUGUAGACAUCGAAAUUCACCUGUUUUCCCUCAAGGGGAGCAUUUUAUUGUAACCAACUGUUGUAAAUAAAUAUUAAAAAUAAUCGAAUAAAUGUACGUUUUAUAGUCAA